AUGGUUGACGUGAUAGAAGAGGAUUCUGUCGCUGAGUUUGUUGAUGUUUCUGAAUCAUUUCUAGUUGCUAUCGUCUCCGUUGACGUUGACGUUGUCGGCUCAGAUGUCGCACUCAAGCUUUCUGAAGUUGUUGAAGAUUCAGUUGUCGUCUCACUUGUGGUUCGAAUCGUCGACGGUGUUUCCGCUUCUGUUGCAAGUUCGUUUGCCGUCGAAAUCUUCUCAGAUGCCAAAUUAGUUGUUUCCUCUGCGGUGCUUGUCAAUGAUUCGAUAGUAGAUGUCGACGUAGGUGAUCGAGAACUUGUCUCCAAUGUGCUGAAUGUCGAUGUCGAUGACAAUUCAUUUGGUACAUCAACUGUUGUGGUGACUUCAAAUGUGAAUACAUCACUCAUCGAUGUCGUCGUCGUUUCAAAAAUAGCAGAUGUUGUUGGAUUCGAGUUAAAUGAAGUCUCGGAUGAAUAUGAAGAUGUCCCAAUACUGUUGAUUUCGAAGUAG